AUGGUUGUUUCUCCCAAGUUCAUUGGAACCUCAGGAACAGUUGACUUGUGCACCAAGUAUUGCUCACGGGGCGCACUGACAAUGUUGCUCCCAGCGCUUAUAUAUUCAACCCAGAACGCAUUGAAUUAUGUGGCAAUAAGCUACCUGGAUGUUUGGUUAUUCCAAACGCUCAACCAGCUGAAGAUGGUCACGACGGCUUUGUUCAGUCUUUUAUUGUUGGACCGUUCUUUUUCGCGGCGGCAGUGGCUCGGCAUUGCUUGCUGCACUUUAGGCACUGGCAUUGUGCAGUUUGCAGAGUCGACCAGCAAAACCGGGACUGCGAACCUUGAAAACCUUUGGUUUGGCGCGGCCAUUGUCAUGCUGACUUGCUUGACAAGUGGUUUCGCAGCUGCGUACACGGAGAAGGUGUUCAAAGCGGCUGAAAGUCUUUGGGUGCGCAAUAUGCAGCUGGCUUCAUGGUCCAUGCUCCUCCUGGGAUCCGGUGCAUACUUCUCAGACAGAACAAAGGUCAUGGAGAGAGGUUUUUUUGUUGGCUGGAGUCUGCUGGUCUGCAUCGUUGUGAUGCUACAGGCCCUUGGCGGAGUAAUUGUGGCCACGGUGGCAAAGUACGCCGACAAUGUCUCAAAGGGCUUCAGUUCCGCAGCAUCGCUGGUUUGCACAUGUAUGAUUUCAAGCUACCUAUUUCAAUGGAGGCCCUCUCCAGCGUUCGUGGUGGGUGCAGGCUUGGUAUGUGCUGCAAUUUACUUGUAUGCCAAGCCAAAGCCAGAGCAUCAACAGCCAUAUGUCCCGGUGAACACGAAGGAGCUGGAGGUUGGCGUCGAAGCACAAAAAGUCCCUGGAGGUGAGGAGCUAUCAUCCUGA